AUGUACAAACGUAAAUCUUACGGAGAUGGAACUAUUUUACUAAGGAUCGCUGAAAAAGACAUGCAGAAAAAUUGUCUUGCUCCCUUAAUAACGCUACGAUUGAUUCAUUUAAAUGGCACCAUCACCCCGAUAAGCAUUAAUUAUCCAAAGUUAGAUACAAUUCAGGGUAAUAACCCAUGUAUAAAUUAUAUUAAUAACCAAGUUGGUUAUAGAAAACCAUUAUCAAAAAGGGAUCCUGCUACUACAUCACAAGAUAAUAUUACAAAAAGUAAAAAUGAAGAAAGUUCACCAACAUCAAAAUCCGAAGAUAUAUCAGCACCAACAUUUGUAGAUACAUCAGCACCUGUAGAUACAUUAUCUGUAGAAAAACCAACAUCAUCAUUAACGACCUCGGCAUCUAUUUCAUCAACCGUAACGGUAUCUGAAGGAGAAGUACCUUUAAUCGAAUCAACUGAUUUGUUUGCAAAUAUUGCUCCAAUUACAGAAACAUCCAAAAAAAGAUCAUCAUUAACGACCUCAACAUCUACUUCAAUUGAACCAACCGGUAAUAACCCAUGUAUAAAUUAUAUUAAUAACCAAGUUGGUUAUAGAAAACCAUUAUCAAAAAGGGAUCCUGCUACUACAUCACAAGAUAAUAUUACAAAAAGUAAAAAUGAAGAAAGUUCACCAACAUCAAAAUCCGAAGAUAUAUCAGCACCAACAUUUGUAGAUACAUCAGCACCUGUAGAUACAUUAUCUGUAGAAAAACCAACAUCAUCAUUAACGACCUCGGCAUCCAUUUCAUCAACCGUAACGGUAUCUGAAGGAGAAGUACCUUUAAUCGAAUCAACUGAUUUGUUUGCAAAUAUUGCUCCAAUUACAGAAACAUCCAAAAAAAGAUCAUCAUUAACGACCUCAACAUCUACUUCAAUUGAACCAACCGUUUCAUCUAUAGAUUUAGCAACAAAAACCUCACAAACCGAUGAACCAAUAACUUCUACAUCUGAUUCAACUUCAUCAUCAACACCAUUAACUGUAUUAACUGAUAUUGAUAUAGUUACUACGGGCAAUCCAGCUGAAUUUGGAAAUAUAUUUAUAAAUUCAACAUUUCCGCCAAAAAAUUCUAUUAUAACACAAAGCAGUACAACUCCGUUAAACAUUACCUAUUUAAACCAAGUACAGUUAGCAUCUGAUUUACCUAAUUCAGAUACGACUGAUCAAAACUCAAAAAGUGCGUUAAUAAGAUUAACACCUGAUGGUAGUUCUUUCUAUACCACAACCUCCUCCGCCAAUCAAUCCAUAUUUUCCGAAGGAAUAUCAAGAGAAAUAGCACUGAUGAUACCAUGUCAUAUCUCACGUGUAAGCACGACAAAACUCUAUCAAUACGAUGCAUCAAAACCAAAUCAAAUACUAUUAAGAGUUGAUGUUCAACAACCUUCAAAUAAUAAUGAUAUUUCUCAGUCAUCAAUAACAGAAUCUGGAUCCGAUGAGGUUUUACGUGACUUGGAUGUUUUGAUUAGAAAUAAGUUUAUCACCCCUAUUUCAAAAGGUCUUUAUACUCGCUAUCUUGAUGAUGAGUUUGGAAGCCCUAGAAUUCGAUUUUCUAUAUUAAUGAUUAUACAAAUUUUCAUCUUUUGUCUUGCUAGAAGAAUAAAUAAAAAGGGAAGAAAUUGUGCUGUGUUUUUGUUUACUUUAAUUGCAAUCGAUUUAGGUUUAGACAUAGCAUUUUUAUUAAUACAUGGACAAGAUUUAUUAUGGUUAUAUCCAGUCAGUGCAAUAUUUAUAACAUUACCAAUCCUUUACAAUAUUAUAUCAACAUAUUUCAUAAUUACAACUGAAACAAAAAAUGAUGCCUUUUAUAAUUGGUGGCGUAAACAUUCAAAAACUGGAUUAUUGUUUACCGUAUUAGCAGGUGCUGAUUUGGAAUCUCUUAACACCAUAUCUUCGGGUUGUAUGUCGUUGGAUAUGUUAAGUGCACCUUUAACUCCUAGAACUAUGGAUUGGAUUUGUAUUCGUAAUGAUCGUAAAUUAAAGUUUAAAAAUGGCAACAAUUCUAUAAUUUCUGUUCCAUACGAAGAAACCAACGAUGAUAAUUUAUCACAACCACCUACUAAAACACCAAAACACCAUUCAUCGUCAUCAGAUAAACCAGGAUUUUUUAAAUCUUUAUUUAAAAAAAGUAGUAGAGAUGACAAAAUUACUGAUUAUAUUAUUCCACCAAAAAAAAUCGGUUCUGCUGAUACAUCUAGAAGCAGUUCUUUAUCAAUGGUCAAUUCAUCUGAUGGAAAGCAAAGUCAUAAAAGUAGUCGCAGUCACAAUUCUUCAAUUCUUAGUUUUAAAUUCAUUUUUAGUUCUUCCGGAUCAAGUAAUAAUGGUGAGAGUGGGAAAAGAGGAAGUUUUAGCAGUUCAAGAUUUGGUUUCACUAUAUAG